AACGAAUGAAGCGGCGUUGCGGUGGGGACUGCUCCCUCGUGGAGAUCCCAGAGUGUGCAGGCGACGGGAGCUCCCUCCGACCGGUGGCUGCCCCCGGGAGGGUAACGGGCGGCGUGGGCAGCACUAGUCGCCGGCGGGAGGUGAGUGCAGCGGCCGGGGACAGGGAGUGAGGAGGAAGAGGAGGAGGUGGGUCAAGCUGCCAUGACACGGAAGUGAAGACAUGACAAUGUGAUUCCUGUGAACAGUUUGCUGAGUGAUAACCAUGAAUUGGAAACCAGAUAGUUCUAAGAUCGCGCAGUAUCUGUUGGUUUUUGCAAGUCUGAUUACAAUGGUGAUCCUCUUCAACAUGACACUGAAGUCAAACCUUCCUUACAGUGUGGAAGAAAGGAACUGCAAAAUUGGGUAUUCAAACAUGUACAGUCAGCGGGUUAUAUCAAAUUUCACAAAAAACACAAAAUUAUUCUUAAAUUUAAAUGAUGUUUGGUGGAAAGAGAAAAGCUACCACGUCCACGAAUUACCGUAUGGAAUUAAAGGCACUGAACAAUCAAUUAACAGGAUAUUGGCCAAAAUACAUUAUGACAUGCCUGAGAAUAUUAAGAGGUUGGCUUGUAAAAGAUGCGUUAUCAUUGGUAAUGGAUACACUCUGAGGAACAGCUCCCUCGGAGAAACAAUCAACAAAUACGAUGUUGUCAUUCGAAUAAACGAUGCUCCUGUCCGAGGCUACGAGAAGGAUGUUGGCAACAAAACCACUCUGCGUUUCUUUUACCCUGAAUCAGCGGGUUUGAAGCCCAAGUUUGAAAACAAUCCCGACACGCUACUCGUGUUUUUACCCUUCAAGCAAGUGGAUGCUCGUUGGCUCAGUGCGAUCCUGUAUAAUGAGAAAAGAACAAGCAAAGGGUUCUGGAAGCCUCCACCCUUGGUGUGGGAAGCAAAUCCUUCUAACGUCCGAAUCCUCAACCCAUAUUACAUACACCAAGCUGCUACCAAAUUAUUGAAAAUCCCAUUGAAGGUACCUCCCAAGUCCAACCAGAAACCAGUGCAUCCCACCAGUGGCUUUCUAGCUAUUACUGUGGCCUUGAACUAUUGUGAUGAAGUCCAUGUUGCUGGCUUUGGAUAUCCAAUAGCUCAACAAGAUACUCCCAUCCACUAUUAUGACAAAACCACAAUGAAAGCAAUGACUAACUCUGAACACAAUAUCACACAUGAGCAGCUGUUUCUGAAGAAACUGGUGGAUGCUGGAGCAAUAAAAUACCUCACUGUUUUGCUGUAGAUUACUGUUUUGGGGAGAGUAACAAAUUUUGUUUUUAUUAAUUUUAAAAUGAUUGCGGAGUCUCCUCGGCCGCUGAUGUGGCAUGUUACUGGGGUCAGCGUGAUUUCCCUUCUGAUGAACGCUGGGCUGUAUACGAAGUAAAUGCUACCCUCUGCACUACCAAGAUCACUGCAAUUAGAGCAGGAGGUUCUGCCUUGUCCAAUGUGGCUCUCAAUGUGGACUGGAGGAACUGGGCAGCAUUGAAGUCUUGAUUUGGAAGAAGGAUAUUCCAUUUUCGUGGUCAUGCAGGAAAGGAUUUCACUACAAGAUGAUUGAUUUACAUUGGUUGUAAUUGGGAAAGUGAUGCACAAAUGUAACUGAAGCAAUCCAGAUCUCCACUGUGAUUCAUUUUGUCAUGUGUAUUCAGCUGUGGGUAUCCUAUUUUAAUAAUUUUGUUGCCACGAGAGAGCUGGAGGAGUGAUUCAAAUGACCCCCAACUGGUUUGUGUUCAUUCCAUUGGAGUAAGAUUGCUCUGACCAAUUUUCCGGGUGGUUCUGCUCUCCGGGUGGUGAGGGGAUUGAAUUCCCCUCGCAUCUUUCGCAUUGCGGAAUGCAGGACUGAGCUGUCCUGUGACCAACUCCACGUUGGGGAAUUGUCUUUCUGACCUCCUGGUGCUGUACUGAGGAUCUGGCUCUGACAGCCAAAUCUUGGAGUGACAUGGUAUUGACUGAUUAAGUUCCAUCUUCUUGCUGUGUUGGUUUGUCAGCGUAACCCUUGACACCAGGCAGGUGAGGCAUUUCAAGAUUUUUGGCAGAGAUGUUCAGUUAAGAGCUGGAUGUAAUACUCUGGUGUCACGUGGCAGCAGAAUUCUACCCAGUUCUGUAAAAUGGCAGCUUGUUUCCAUGUGAACAAACUGAGCAGGCAGGAUUUGUGUGUGAAAAAUCAAAAACUGCAGAUGCUGAAAACCUGAGGCAAAAAACAGACAAUGCCAGAAACACUCAGCAGGUCAGUCAGCAUCUGUGGAGAGAGAAGGUGAAUUCAGGUGGAAGAGUAAAUGAAGAGUCUCAGUCAGAAGCAUUGACUCUGUCCUCCUUUCCACAGAUGCUGCCUGACCUGCUGAGUGUUUCCAGUAUCGUAUGUUUUUGUUUUUGAACCUUGUUUUGCGGUGUACACUCUGCAGCAUUGCUGUUGAUUUAAGGUUUUGAGAGUGGAAAUUUCUCUCCUAUCUGUGAAUGUAUUUCAAAAAUCUCCAUUUAAAAAAAAUAAAAACAAAAGACUGACUUUUAUAGUAUGGAAGUUUUCCAAAGUAGAAAUCAGAUUUUAAAAAAUGACUUAGAUUUUCUUCAAUCAGCCUCCUUUUGGGUACGUUGUAGAAAAUUGUAAUUUUCCCUGAACUUUUCAGGAUUAAUUCUGCUGUCCUGGCAAAGAGGCAGUACUCAUUGUAGAUGUAAGAUAGAAAAUUGGAACCAUGAAGUUGCUUCCUGUGGUUCCUUGCCCAGGUUUUGGUAUCGUACUGCAAGUACUUUUAGUUGGUAAGGGGAUGGAAACUCCAGAAUGUGCCUUGAAGAGGUAAUCAGAGUUUUCGAUAUUACCUUCUCUUGUCCAACCAAUAGUGAUCACUCAGUUCACAAGUGUUCUUUGCAAUUUUUAAGACACUUAAAAGAUAGCCCUCCUGCCCAUGAACAGUUCACAGUUCUCCGAGCUUUCUACUUGGGUGUCCCCCUGAUGGUUCAGACCUCGGUGCUGGAUUUAGGGAGGCAAGAUUUCUUCUGACUGCUGAGAACCAAUACCUUGUAAGCUUCUGUCUGUUCUUCUGUCAUUUCCACAUAUCUGUUCAAUUUGCCAGUGCACUCCAGGGAAACCUUGUAGGUAAAUUUCAGAUUCUGCCACUGAUUCGGAACUGCCCAAGUUUCCUCGGCACACACCAGAGAGUCCCAUAGGACACAUAUAUCUGCAAACUAAAUUCCAUUGACCUCUGAUUGUUGACACUGGUGCUGUGAUUUAGGAUAUAUGACUCAAAGGCUGGGUAAGUUGAAGUUAGUACUAGCCUUCAGGAAUUGGUUGUUUGGUAAAAGAUAUUGAUCAUAUGGACCAGAAAAAAACCUCUGGAACAUUAAUAAAUGGAGACAGGAGCGGGCUAUUGGUAUUGGUUUAUUAUUGUCAUAUGUACUGAGGUACAGUGAAAACUUGUCUUGCAUACCAUUCGUACAGAUCAAUUCAUUACACAGUGCAUUGAGGUAGUACAGGGUAAAAACAAUAACAGAAUACAGAGUAAAGUGUCACAGCUACAGAGGAAGUGCAUUGCAGGUAGACAAUAAGGUGCAAGGUCAAAGAAGGUAGAUUGUGAGGUCAAGAGUCCAUCUCAUCGUAUAAGGGAACUGUUCAAUAGUCUUAUCACAGUGGGAUAGAAGCUGUCCUUGAGCCUGGUGGUACGUGCCCUCAGGCUCCUGUAUCUUCUGCCUGGUGGGAGAGAAGAGAGAAUGACCUGGGUGGGUGGGGUCUUUGAUUUUGCUCUUUGCCAUUCAAUGAGAUCAAGGCUGAUCUGUGAUCUAACUCCAUCUCCCUUAAUAUUUUAAUUUAACAGAAGUCUAUUAAUAUCAGAUUAACUUCUAUCAUUCCAUGCUCAUAGAUGUGCUUUCCUGUUCUGUACUGAAAGACUUGGCUCUGAAUGUUAAGUCUAUGACCAAAAACCCUAAUACUCCAAGCAGAGAUAGCUUCCUUCCAUCUUCACUAUACUGCCUCCUUAAUAUCUGGAAAACAUAAAUUAUCCCAAAACUUCUAAAUUCCAAGAGCUACAGCCCUAAUUGUGUAAUCUUCCCUUGUGAUAUAACCCUUGUAUUCCAGGUAAUAUCCUGAUACAUUGCAAGGCCAGCUUUUACUGCCCUACCUCACUGAGCAGAUGUUGGUGAGCUGCAUUCUUGAAACAUUACAGGGCUAUUGGUAGAAGGUUCCAGGAUUUUGACCCGGUGACAAUGAACAAAAUCACUAUUUUCUUUUGAGUCACGAUAGUGAGAGGGUGAUGAUCCCAUGUACCUGCUGUCCUGUGUGAUAGUUGUGUAUUUGGGAAAUGCUAAUCAAGCUUGCUGUUGUGUAACGUUAAACUUCUUGACUGUUGUUGGAGCUGCAUUUAUCCAGGCUUCACACUCCCGGCUUUGUUAACAGAAAAGGUUUGAGGGCUUGGGACAUGAGUGACUCUCUGCUGAAUACCCUCUUACAGCCACUCUGUUUAUGUGGCUGGUCCAGUUAAGUUUCUAACAAAUGAGGCCCUCUGAGGUUUUGGUGGGGUCUCCAGUUCUGGUAUUUCCAUUAAAUGUCGGGGGGAUGUGGUUAGAUUCUCUGUUGUUGGAAAUUGGCACUGCCUGCUCUCUCUUUGGGACAAAUCUGAGAAACACAAAAUAUAGAUAGAAAUGGUGAAACCUUGAGGCCUGCUCCAGCAUUUAAUAUGAUCAUAGCUGAUCAUCCACUUCAGUACCUUAUUGUUGCUUCCUCACUUGAUCCCUUUAGCAUUAAGAAAUAAAACUACUUCCUUUUUAGCAAGGUAAAUAUUAACUAAUUAGUCUGAAAGUUGUUCAAGUCUUGAUGCAUGUGUGCAUGGACAUUGUCUUGGAAGCUGUGAAUGGAUUGACCCUUCUGCAACUUUCAACCUUGUGAUGUCCACUUCUGACCUCAUAUUGGAAGCAGCUGAAAAUGACUGAGCUUUGAGAAACUGUGAUACCCUGGAGCUGGGAUGGUUCAUGUCCAGCGACUGUAACCUUCUACCUUUUUGCAAGAUGGGAUUCCAGCCAGUGGGAUGACUUCUCUCCAAUUCCCACUAUGUUUUGUUGCAUCGUUUUUAAUUUUUCUCUUCACAAACUUGGUUUUGGGCUAUUUUCCCUUGCAUAAUCCAGCUAUGAUCUUCACUGGAUCUUCCAUAUCAAACCACCCCAUCUCUGUGUUCCCCCAGUCCCUGUAGGUUGUUCAUCAUAUCCAUCCAUAUAAGACCCCAUCUCCCAAUGCAAAUUGGAACAUUACUCAGUUGCGUGAUUCUUGGCUGUAAGCGGUCCAUGUUUGUCCUUUUAGACCAUAAGAUAUAGGAGCAGAAUUCAGCCAUUUGGCCCAUUGAGUCUGCUCUGCUAUUUAAUCAUGGCUGAUUUUUUUCAAAGCCGUUCUGCUGCUUUCUCCCUGUGACCCUUCCCCAAUCCUUUUGCAGUAUUCUGAAGAAUAGCCUUUAAGCUCAGUAAGGCCAGGGUUAGCUCUGUCUACAUGGUGUUGACCAGUUGAAGCAUUCUGGUUAUUGACAUGUUACAACAGGUUAGGUUUUGCAAUUAGACUUCAUUUUGGUAAAUACCCGUUGCAGGCUACAGGUGUGUGAGGUGGAUCCCAUGAUGUUCAUUCCAGAAGAAAAUAUGGUCUGAGUCAAGUUGGGAAUGAUGCCCAUCAUUAUGUUACUGUCUAUACCAUCAAUAAUCUCAAUUAUGGGAGUUUUUUUGCACGAACAAUGUCUCAGUUAGUGGACACCAGCACCAAAAUUGGUUCCCCUUUACACUGUAGUUGCACAAACGUAAUCCUGUUAAAGGUGACCAUAUAUGUCCAUUUUGAGGUUCACCUGUGGAAUACUGCUCAACCCAAAAGCUGUCCAUCCUCUGAACUGAAGGAUGCAUGCCUGGCAUGAUUGGAGAAGUGCUUUUGACUCUUUGUAAAAGAAAAACAAAUCUUCAGCAGCUGGAGGAGUAAAUUAGUAUCUGAAAAUUGAGGCAUUGUACAGAUUAGGAAUCGGUUUGGAGCGAGCAAGUUCUUAGGAUGGUCUGAAAAUAAUUCCAUAUUAACUGUGUCAUUGUUAGCUACUUUUUGUGAUGUAGUGGUAGAAGCAAUAUUUAGAUGUUAACCAAAGCUGCUCAUUUGUAAAUGAACUGGAUCAGCAGCUUUGCUAUUACCCAUCCUUCUCAAUUCGAUGUCAGUAUUGGCAGGACCGAAAAUCAGCCAUGCAUCCAAUGAUAAAAAUUCUAUGUGUGACCAUUUCUAGUGAGCCACACAUUUCACCCAUGGCUCAAGGACCUUAUUCAAUCAGCUGAGCUGCAGAGAUCUGGGUGACCCCAGGCUUAGAUCCCAUUCUCUACAUUUUCUGAUUUCAGCUGAUGUGCCUACAAUAGGACCAUACUCCUGGGUUAGAGUGGGGCAGUGUUUGAGCUAGAGACUGAAUUCAUUCCCGCUACCACUGGCACUGCAUGGCUGCUCUGUGUAUCAUCUGAAAAUUGCAUUGCAGUUACUUGCCUAAGCUGUUUUGACAGCAUCUCCCAAACCCAUGACCUCUACCAUGUCUAAGGCUUCAGGCACAUAGGAACACCACCCCAUCUUCAGGUUCCCUUCCAAGAUGCACACUAUCCUAUAUUGCUGGUCGCUCAUUGUCACUGGGUCUAAAUACUGGAACUCCCUCCUCAACUGCACUGUGGGUGUACCUUCACUACAAGGACUACAGUGGUUCGAGAAGGUGGCUCCUUCUCAAGGACAGCUAGGGAUGGGCAAUAAGUGCUGGCCUCGUCGGCUUUGACCAGUUGAUGAAAAAUAACUAAGUUUAUAAAAAACACAUAGGCUAUGGUGAGAAAUGGAGCUUUGCUGAGCUGUUACAGUUGAAUUGUGUGUUGAUAUUUAAUCUAAAAUUAGCAAUGAAAGACAGGCAUUUGGGUAAGACUGCAAGAGAGAAUGGUUGCCAUGGAACUACUGGAAAAAUAGGAGUGCUUUAUAGGGAAAACUGGAAGAAUUAGGGGGUGGGGUGAAGAGAUGUGGAGAUUGAGGGACAGGUGGGUGAAGGACGUUAGGAUACCAACAAUGAGGAAUGGUGGAGAGGAUAGGAUCAAUCAACUAUUGCUGUUUAAGACAAUGUGUUCCCAGUAUUUUGUAACCGAAAGGGAUAUAAGUAGCUGUUGGCUGUGGUGAUAUGUGGACAAUGAAUGCAUGACCUUUGAAAGAGCCAAACAGAUGUCUCCCAAGGUCUCAAAAGCUUGCAAUGCAGGGCGGAAUACCAGUGUUGGAACAAUUCCCAUGAGUGUACAGUUACUCUGUCCUCUGACUGAGGAUCAGCUGGGUUCAAUUAAUGCAGGAAGAAAUGUCCUUCAGGUGUUUUAAGCACUGACACAGCUCCAGUGAGCCUUAAAGGUACAGGGAUUGAAUAGGGUUGAAUUGAAAUGUUUAUUUGAUAUCCUUUAGAAAGUUUCUAUGUCGUCUAUAUAGUACUGGUGAUUAAAUGUUUAAAGAGUGCUUCCAACUAUUUGGGUGGGCGGAAGUUGAUUUCGGCAUCAGCUGAACUGAACUACCUGUUUCUCUUUUUUUUAUAAUUAAAUACUGAUGAUGAUUUGCACUUAUAAUUGAAAGAUGUUAGAAAUUUACUAAUUGUCUGUAUUUAAUAAAUGCCAAUCA